AAUGCCUCAGUAACACCUUUGGUUUGAUUGUCAGGUAGCUCAGUUUGCUUCUUCAACGCCUUUAAAUAACGCCAUUUGAAAAAAUGUCCCUGUCAUUUUUCUGAAUUGUCAUGACGUUCGGUGUAAUUUAUUAUAGGAAUUAUAUCAUGUUUAGUCUUGAGCAUAUUGAUUAUGAGGAUAUUGAGGAUAAACCGUAAUUCAUCGCCUGUAAGUUACUAGCCACACGUUAUUUAGCUACCUAACCAGCUAGCUAGCGAUUGAGGUUGCAAAUUCCAGAAUGCAAAAUAAAAAACUAGCAAGGGCUGGAGUCGGAUCACACAUUUGUGAAAGACUAAAGAACCAUCACGUCGAAACAUGCAAGGACUUGCUGUCUCUCACCCCUUUGGAGGUCAUGCGUGUGGCGGGGCAAAGCCAUUAUCAGUCAUUACAACUGUUGAAGUCCGUCAGCCUGGCUUGCGCCCCUAAGAUAAUUCCGGCUCAGGAGCUGUGGCUCCAGAGGGAGGAUCUGUGUUUCUCCACAUCGCUGCGUGAACUUGACGGGCUGCUUCAGGGUGGUGUGCCACGGGGAACCAUCACUGAGGUGACCGGUCCCUCUGGCUGUGGGAAGAGCCAGUUGUGUAUGAUGCUUAGUGUUUUGGCCACUCUGCCUCGCAGCAUGGGUGGCCUGGACAGCGGGGUCAUCUACAUCGACACUGAGUCUGCCUUCAGCGCAGAGAGGCUGCUGGAGAUCGCUCGCAGUCGUUUCCCAGACUACUUCUCGGUGCCGGAGCGGCUGCUGCAGACGGCUGGGCGCGUUCACCUGUUCAAAGAGCUCACCUGCCAGGAGGUGCUGACCAGACUGGCGCAGCUGGAGGAGGACAUCAUAUCCUGUCACGCCGGGCUGGUGAUCCUCGACUCCGUCGCCUCUGUUGUGCGGAAGGAGUUUGACACGUCGUUGUCCGGCAACCUCACACACCGUAGCAACCUGCUGGGACGAGAGGCCGCCACUCUCAAGUACCUGGCCCAGGAGUUCCGCAUCCCCGUGGUCGUAACCAAUCAGAUCACCACGCACUUCAGCGAGAGAGCGUCGUCAUCAUCGCUGUCACGCCGCUGGAACGUCCCGGAAGCUCCUGGUGCAGAAGGUGAGAGGGAUUCAGGCUAUGUGACCGCUGCCCUUGGGAAUACCUGGAGUCACAAUGUCAACACACGCCUCAUUGUCCAGUACGUGGACGCCCAUCUGAGACAGAUUGUCAUAGCCAAGUCACCUGUGGCACCUUUUGCCGUGCUGAACUACACCGUGCAGAAGGAGGGCAUCCGACUGGAGGGAAAUGCAAGCAAGGAAAUAAUGUCAGCGCAAGGUACGGACCCGGGGCUGCAUCCGAUCCGCGUGAGGACAGGUAUUGACUACAGACUGACAGGAGCCAUGGCGACGAUGGCCCCCUACACCAUCGCCGCCGCCGCCGCCGCCGCCACCACCACCACCACCACCACCGGCGGAAGGUGUGAGAAUACUGAUGUGUGAGGCGCUCUGAGACUCCGCAUCACCUGCAUCCCCAACCACUUGGUCAGGUGGGGUCGGGUAGGGGCCUGCAUUCUGGCUGGUGGUGACCCUGAGAUGAAACUUCCGCAGAGGUCAACCGGACUGUUUGGAGAUGUUAAUUUAUCUAGUAUAAACACAAAAAGCUGGAAAGGGUUAAGCAUGCCAAUCGAAAGGGGUCAUGGGGUUUCCAGUGUGUCUAGAAGAGAGUUGAGAAGUAUUCUGUGAGUGUAGGAGAUAGUCAACAAAACGUAUGGUCAUUCCGAAAAAGCUGAAUGGGUGCAGGAUGAAUGGUAAUGGGGAUUGAAGAGUUACAUGAGACUCUAGAAAAGGGUCAGUGAAUAUAAUUAGAAAGUUCAUGUGUCUUAGUAUGGGUAUAGAAGGUUAAAAGAUUAAUGGGUGCAGAAUUAGACACAAAUUACAGUAUAUGGACUUAGUAUGUUCUAGAUAAAUAUCAAAACCACUAUAUCCCUAUGUCCUACCAUACCUGCAUUGGCUGGUUAAUUGUUUUUGUUUUGUUAAUUGUUAAGUGUCAACACAGUAAACCAAAACUUUGACUACUAAGAUACAA